AUGACGUGCUCAUCAACUUCGCAGCCUGAGUUGACUAUCUUCCACAAUCCUUCUUCUCCCCCAUCCAAGACUGCUCUCAAACUCCUCCAAGAUGCCGUCUCCCGUCCCUACCCGCCCACCUCUCCCAAACACGAGCCCCUCCACUUCGACCUGCAGGUAGUCGAAGGCCCGCCCACCCAGGACCAGCUGCGCUCCAUCCUCUCCUACGUCGCGCCCGAAGGGCGCACGGCAGCAGGCUCUGUAUUUCUCUCGGCGCACCCCGCAGCAGAGCCGGAGAAACCCGCCGACGUCGAGGCGAUUCCCAAGCUGGCCUCGCAGCACCCGAGCGCGCUGAAGUGGCCCAUCGUCGUGGACUGGGCUGGCGGGAGGGCGAGCGUGGGGAACGUGGAUGGCGUGAAGGCGAUGCUGGAGGAGCUGCGCAAGGUGCGCGAUGGUGAGGUGCCGCCGCCGGAGGAGUACAAGCCGAAGGGGUGGUUCUCGUAA